CAAAAAAAGUGAUAACCAUAGUUAAGUUUGAUUCGGCGACACAUAUAAAAACAACAAUAACGAUAACCACAGCACACACCGUACGUUACGCAACUGUAUUCAAUAGAUCUGACAUAAUAUGUACUCUCUCACCUUUCAUUUCAAUUCAACAACCUUCAGUCUUGUCAUAGCAGAAUAACCAGCGACGAUUCAAUGAAAGGCCACGAUUGGAUCAACACGUGUCUCCCCGACGAACUCAUCGUCGAGAUCUUCCGUCGCCUCGAUUCCAAACCAACCCGCGACGCCGCCUCUCUCGUCUGCAACCGCUGGCUCCGCCUCGAACGUCUCACCCGUUCCUCCAUCCGCAUCGGCGCAACCGGCUCACCCGACCUCUUCGUUCAGCUUCUCGCCUCUCGUUUCUUCAACAUCACCGCUGUUCACAUCGACGAACGUCUCUCGAUUUCUCUUCCCGUUCAAUUGGGGCGACGACGUGAGAAUUCAUCGCCAUCUUCGUCGUUGAAAUUGCAUUAUGUUAACAAGAGAAUUGGAUCUUCUUCUUCUUCGGAAGAGAAUGAGUUUGAUUCGUUGUGUUUGUCUGAUAAUGGAUUGAUUGCGUUGGCUGAUGGGUUUCCUAAGCUUGAGAAAUUGAAGUUGAUUUGGUGUUCUAAUGUUACCAGUUUUGGAUUGUCUUCUCUUGCUUCCAAAUGUGCUUCUUUGAAAUCCUUGGAUUUGCAGGGUUGUUACGUUGGAGAUCAAGGCUUAGCUGCUGUUGGACAGCGUUGCAAGCAACUUGAAGAUUUGAAUCUGCGGUUCUGUGAAGGCUUGACUGAUACCGGUUUGGUUGAAUUAGCUUUAGGCGUGGGAAAAUCAUUAAAAUCUCUCGGUGUAGCGGCUUGUGCCAAAAUAACUGACAUAUCAAUGGAAGCUGUAGCAUCACACUGUGGAUCCCUUGAGACUUUGUCUUUGGAUUCCGAGUUUGUACACAAUCAAGGGGUGCUUGCAGUGGCUAAAGGAUGUCCACAUUUGAAAUCUCUAAAGCUGCAGUGUAUUAAUCUUACAGACGAUGCUUUGAAAGCUGUAGGCGUUAGUUGUUUAUCUCUGGAGUUAUUGGCUCUAUAUAGUUUUCAGCGAUUUACUGAUAAGGGUUUGCGUGCUAUUGGAAAUGGAUGUAAGAAGUUAAAGAAUUUGACUUUAAGUGAUUGCUAUUUCCUAAGUGACAAGGGCUUGGAAGCAAUUGCUACUGGGUGCAAGGAACUUACUCAUCUUGAAGUCAAUGGAUGCCACAACAUUGGAACUUUGGGCCUUGAUUCUGUUGGGAAAUCAUGCCUACAUCUCUCUGAGUUAGCAUUGCUUUACUGCCAAAGAAUUGGCGAUCUUGGGCUUCUUCAGGUUGGAAAGGGAUGUCAAUUCUUGCAAGCUCUUCACUUGGUAGAUUGCUCAAGCAUUGGAGAUGAAGCCAUGUGUGGUAUAGCUACUGGAUGCAGGAAUUUAAAGAAGCUUCAUAUCCGUCGCUGUUAUGAGAUUGGCAAUAAGGGGAUUAUUGCUGUUGGUGAAAACUGCAAGUCUCUAACUGAUCUUAGCAUUCGAUUCUGUGAUAGGGUGGGUGAUGGGGCCCUUAUUGCUAUAGCUGAGGGCUGUUCCCUUCAUUAUCUGAAUGUAAGUGGUUGCCACCAAAUUGGAGAUGUUGGACUGAUAGCCAUUGCAAGGGGUUCCCCUCAACUCUGUUAUCUGGAUGUGAGUGUACUGCAGAAUUUGGGCGAUAUGGCUAUGGCUGAGUUGGGAGAAAACUGUUCAUUGCUUAAAGAAAUAGUACUUUCCCACUGCCGUCAAAUAUCAGAUGUUGGUUUAGCCCAUCUUGUAAAAAGUUGCACCAUGUUAGAAUCAUGCCAUAUGGUUUAUUGCUCUAGCAUAACUUCAGCUGGAGUGGCCACUGUGGUUUCUAGUUGUCCCAACAUAAAAAAGGUUCUUGUUGAGAAGUGGAAGGUUAGCAACCGGACCAAGCGCCGGGCAGGCUCUGUCAUUUCCUACUUGUGUGUGGAUCUUUAGACUUCCGUGUGACCUAAUAAUUAUGCAUAUCUUCAUGCGUUUUGCACUAUGGUGUGUGAAUAUAAAUAAACAGAGGUUUUGUUCCCUUCAUCAAUAAAGUAUUUCUGAUACUAUUUUUCAUAUUUUAGCCUCAUGAGCACUCCUGAUACCUUGUCGUAGGAGUUGCAGGAGGAUAGGAACCAAUAGGCUUAUUUAAAAAUGUGUUGUAUUUAUUUAUUUUGCUAUGAAAAAAUGUGUUGUAUUGAUUUGGGGAUAGAUAUAGUGAAGUUAUAUUGAUGUAAUUCAGAAAACUUUGUUCAGAACAAUAAAUAUUUGCUUUGAUUUGGCCAGUC